AUGGAAAUGUUGGUCAAUUGCAGACGGUAUUUAAGUGUUGGUUCGGUAAAGAAGUUCUCAUUGGUUUCUGGUUAUAAUUUGAAAUGCGGGCUUGAAGUGCAUACACAAUUGGACACAAAACAUAAGUUAUUUUCAUUUUCUACCAAUGAUCCGUUUGGAUCCGUGGAUAAACCUAACCAAAACAUUUCCUAUUUUGAUGCUGCACUCCCAGGAUCACAACCUAUCUUGAAUUAUGAGGUCGUUUUACAAGCUUUAAAGCUGGCGUCGGUUUUGGGUUGUUCGAUUAAUUAUAACUCGCAGUUUGAUAGGAAACAUUAUUUUUAUGGGGAUCAACCUUUGGGAUAUCAAAUAACUCAACAUUAUUCUCCAAUUGCUUCAAAUGGACACUUGCGGUUAUCCCCUAAAUUUGAUGGGAUUGGUGGAACAAAGGACAAAACUAUAGACAUAAUUCAAUUGCAAAUUGAGCAGGAUACAGGAAAAUCAAUUUAUAUUGAAAAUGAAGAUCUCACGCUCUUGGAUUUUAACAGAUCUAAUGUCCCAUUGAUAGAAAUGGUGACCAAGCCCGAUUUCACAACCAUAGAACAAGUUAGAGCGUUUGUUAAGAAAUACCAGAAUUUGAUUAAAAUUCUUGGAGUAUCUACAGGAGAACUGGAAACAGGUGCGAUGAGAGUUGACGUGAACAUAUCGAUUAAUGAUCUACCUAGAGUGGAACUGAAGAAUUUACCAAAUACAAGUUCAAUAGUCAAUGCAAUCAAAUAUGAGUACAACAGACAAAUAGAAAUUAUUCAUAAUGGUAAAGCUGAAGAAGAACUAUCAUUCUCCGAAACGCGAGGUUGGAAUGGGUCCGAAACAGUUAAAUUGAGAAGUAAAGAAACAACUAUUGACUACAGAUACAUGCCAGAUUCAGAGUUACCAAAAUUAAAACUUGCAGAAGAUAUUAUGAAAAAGGUCAAAGAAUCAUUGCCGCCAUUACCGGAUGAACUUUUUGAGCAAUUAACACAUCAUCCCUAUAAUUUAUCACUAAAGGAUGCAAAAAUAUUUGUGAUCAGCAACACACAUACUAUUAAUUAUGAGAAUGCUGAGCUAAGACAGUACUAUUUAGAAGUUUUCAAACGUUAUUCAGAUGAAAUAGGUGCUAAAAAUAUUAAUCCGAAAUUACCAAACGGUUGGAUUAUUAAUGAAUUAAUAGGUGAUCUAAAUAAAUUAGAUUUAUACUUAAAUGAUAUAACACCUUCGUUAACUCCUAAAGUAUUUGCCCAAUUAUUAUCUCUAAUUCACACGAAAAAAAUUUCAAAAACUAGUGGGAAAUUGUUAUUAUUCCAUGUUUUAAAAGAAUUAAAAGAUAGAGGAUCUUCUUCAGUUCCUAUUAACAUUAACUUUGAUACACUAAUUGAAGAGUUUGAACUCGAACAGGAUACAAUUAGGAAUAAAAAUGACUUAGUUUUACUUUGUCAACAUAUAAUUGAUGAGUUAGAUAAUAAAAAAAUGAUAGCUGAUAUUAUAUCAGGCAAAAAGAAAAAUGGUUUAAAGUUCUUAGUCGGUCAAGGUAUGAGAUCCUCACAAGGAAAAUUAGACCCAAUAGAAUUGGAGAAGACUUUUAAAUCAAUGUUAGAAAUAAAAUGGUGA